GAUGUCGAUCUCGUCGAGUCGACAAGACCAGCCUUUCAGUCCAGCUUAAUUCCUUGUCUUAUACGUUCUCUGGUGUACUCGUUCGCGGCACUCGCGUCUGUCUGUGACAAAUGAUUUCGAGGGCACUUUGUUUCAUCUGCAUCCUCGAGAUCGCCACUACCUUCCGAAUAGGAACGCCAAGCAACCGCAUUGUGGACCAUUUCACUUACACGCCGAGGAGCGGUAAUGACAUGGAAAAUGAAAACGAGGAUGCUCAAUGGGAAUUCCUCGUGAUCGGCGGACGGGUCCCGUGGAACGAAGCGCUGGCAAUCUGUCCCAUUUACGGACACCUAAAUCCUCUCUCGGUUCUCGAGCAGGCGGAAAUGGGAUACGACGACCCGCCGGAUUCUCUGAAGCGCGAGACGGAAACGGAUACCGAAAGUACAUUGGCCGUGCUCGACAACGACACGAUGGAUUGGCUUGCGCGGAUGGUGUCCGAAUCAAACUACCGAUACGACGGUCUCUGGGUAGGGGGUCAGAGGAAGGAUUCCGCCAGCAACUGGACCUGGAUCAAUAGGGGAAAAAAGGGGGACACGUUGAUAUCGGAGUCUCUGUUGAUUAGAGACCGUCCGGCCUGGUACAGCGCGAAUGAUCACAGGAGUGAGAAGAAUUGUCUCGCAUUUGACAGAUCGGGUCAUGGCACUCCCGCACUCGUCGCAGAAAAUUGCCGACACAGAAAGCCGUUUGUCUGCAUGAGAACUGGGAAGAAGAAAUCGAAAGGUAACAUUACGGAGGGUAGCAGUGUCCUCGUCGACGGUCAACGAUAUACUUUAUAUAAAAUCGUCGAUGACGAGGACGAGAAGACACUUAGAGCGGAAGGGGUGCGGAAAGUUAACGGGGGUGGCGUUACAUGGAAAGAGGCGAGAUUGCAGUGUAAGAAACGGGGCAAGCAUCUUGCUAUGGUUUUUACCAACGAGGCAGCCACCGUUAUAGCGAACGCCAUGCUGAGGAGCAGACCGUCGAUGGAGAGCGUGUGGUUGGAUGGUCGCAGCGCCGACGGUACUGAUUGGACAUGGGUUUCCUCGGGAUUUACGCUACCUUCAAUGAAGUCGAACGUUACUUCGUAUCCACCUUGGUCAGAAGGUCACCCUAUAUCGCUGCCGGGAAAUGAUGAUCUUUAUCAAAGAGGAAGAUGUUUGAUUCUCGAUAGGCAUCUCUGCGCGGAGUACACAACCCCGGUUUUCCUCGAUCUGGAUUGCGAGAGAAAAAGGCCUUUCGUUUGUCAAGAUGCGAUCCCAGAACGUAAUAUGAUGGACAGCAAUGAGAGAGACAUAUUACUCAAUGAUAAAAGAUUAAUAUUAUCCCUCUCUAAAAUGACGUGGGAUGAAGGCGAAGCUUAUUGCCAAGGGAGAUCCGGUCAUGUCGCGAGUAUACUGGACGCUAAGACUUUAUCCACUGUAUUGGAGAAAAUGACGGAAUUAGCGUUAGAACAUAUUUGGAUUGGUGGCCGAACAAUCAUGACCAAGGACGGUUGGAAAUGGGUAGACGAGAAUGGUGAGGUUCUUUCGAAGAAUGGCAUCGGCAGUGGUAGUUCCUGGUGCCUUGACAAAGACAACGGUUCUUGGCCACUCCCUGAUCGCGAGAGUUGUUUAAACUUGGAUCGCGAAGGUUACAAUACACCCUUGUUCUACGGAUUACCUUGCAAUGCAACCAGUCAAUAUGUUCUGUGCAAUUUAUCCACUAAGAAGAACAGCAGUCAGCUGCGGUCAGCAUUCACAGGAACGACCGAAAUCAAGACUAACGAAAGCAUCAGUCAAACUCAGGAUCAAAAUUUGCGCAAAAAUGUCACACUUGAUAUCCAGCAACAAGCUACAAAUUUAGCAGAGAGAAUACGUAAACUAGCGAAAGACGAGCAGUCCGGUUUACUUUUUGUAAUGGAUGAUAGUUUAAGCGUAUUGAACGCUUGGUUUGCUGAAGAAAUGAAACUAGCAGCUACCAUCAUCCGUCGAUAUUUCCCAUUGUCGCGCAAUCAUCCGAUGGGCAUGAUUACCUUCUCGCAAAAAUCGAAGGUAGUUCUCGCUCUGAACCAGACGGAUACUUGCAAUGUUCUGGGCACGUUAUCUCAGGAGAUGCUUGCGAAUCGUGCGACUCGAGUUAAGGAGGAUCUUGAUGGGGUUGCUGGGAAAACUACAAACUUAAUCAAUGCUGCUCUCAUGUCGGUAGAUACUGUUCGUGCCUCGAAUAUGCAACGAGUUAUUGUAGUCUUCGUGACGGAUGGGGAACACGUGACCGAGGACAAAGAUAAAAAGAAUUUACGGACCGCUGUGGAGAGCUUGCAGAAUCUAAGGAAUGGUGGCCACGAAGCGUUUGCUAUUGUUAUCAGCCAAGGCCAAAAACAUGCGGACUACAACGUUAUUGAAGAGCUGUUUUCCACGUCGCUAAAAGGAGAACAGAAUUUGUAUUUUGUCGAGAAUUAUGAAGGAUUAGCAGAAAUGAAUUCUGCACUGAAUUCAACGGAAUUGAAGGAAGAUUAUGCUGCCCAAUGUGGAGUAAUAAAAUGGAAUGUGCCAAAAGAUGACGAGCUACUGGCGCAUUUAUUACAAUCGAAAAAAUAAGUGCAAUAGAAAUAUAUAA